AUGAGAGGGCUAAUAAAGGGGAUGACAAUUUUUAUCCUAUUCAAUUGUAUAAAAGCCAACACAGACUGCAGUUCAUUGCUGAUGGGCCAGUACAUUUGCCCCAUUCCCAACUUCGACAUUAUUGACCCAAAAACUCAGCAAAUAAAGGGCUGCACUCGAGAGGGAAAAGCUAAAGUUCCAUGUCUUGCUGCUGAAGGUAUAAUAUGCUUUGAAACUAGAAACUCAACAUUCUUCAAGGAGGUCGACUGCAAAUGGACGAAUGGAUACCACUUUGACACAGCAUUGCUGCUAUCAAUUUUCUUUGGAAUGUUUGGCAUUGAUCGGUUUUAUUUGGGGUAUCCAGCUAUUGGACUUGCAAAAUUUUUUACAUUGGGUUUUAUGUUCUUGGGUCAACUUGUUGAUAUUAUAUUAAUAGCUACACAAGUUGUCGGUCCAGCAGAUGGUUCUCAUUAUGUUAUACCAUAUUAUGGGCCAGCUGUGGAAGUUAUUAGAAGUGAUAAUACUACAUACAGAUUAAAUCCGGACAAUUGGUAGACUUUAAAAUCAAUUUGUUGAAGACUGGUAAAACAUGUGAUUCCCUAGCUCUAGUUCAAAUUUAAAUAAUUAAUUAUCAUUUAGAUUAUAUUAAAUAUUUGAGAGUUUAAACUUGUUCUUAUAGAAAUAAAAAUGUAAAUGUAUGAUCUUAUUUUUCAGAAUAAAAGUAACAGGUACCAAAUUGCGUAUGUACAUUUUGUAUCCAACAAAAUAUGUAAUACAUAAUGACUAAAUUGUUUUAUUGCUUAAAUCUUAAAAAUUUGAACUUUUGUAGAUAUUGUAAAUACGUAUUUGUAUAUUUUAAUGCUUAAAUAAAAAUUAUUUUUAAAUUA